GUGGCGGUAAGCAACAUCUGUCAUUUUGCCGGAAACUUCGCCCGCCACCCCUGCUCUCAACAACGCGUUUUAAGACGGGUGAAGUAAGAAUUUGCUUGUAAUUAUUGUGAAAUCCGCGGUAAUUCAUCAAACAUUUGCCUCGUGACAAUGGCGCCAAGGUCUGCAAAAACAAAGAAAGCUGCUGAUGUCAAAGUAACGGAAAAUGACGCUCCCAAAAAAGGGCGCGGAAAAGCUAAAAACGUGCCAGAAGUAGAGCCUGAAGCUGACAUAGAACUGAAUGAAAAAGUUGCCCCAGUCACUGACAAAAAGCCUAAACGUGGAAAGAAAGCUGCCAGUGAUUCAGGAGAACCUCAGGUAACAGACAAAAAUGAAGAAGUAGGCCCUCCAGCUAAGAAAGGUCGCAAGAAGAAUGUAGAUGAUACACCACCUGCAGAUAAACUAGCUGCAAAUGGUGAUCAAUCAGGAGAUGAGGAAUUAUCUGUUCAAACUGAGGAAAAUGAGCAGAGUGAUGACGGUGAAGCUAAUGGACACACAGAAGAAGCACCAAGUGCUGGUAGGGGUAGGAAGAAACAGGCUAAAAAAGCACCGGCAGCUAAGAAAGCAGAACCUAAAACAGGCAGAGGUCGAAAAGCAAAACAAGCAACACCAGAAAGUGAAGAUAGUCCAAAAGAAGAAGUAGAGAAACCUAAACCAGCUGCUAAGGGCAGGGGAAGGAAAGCGGCUAAAGUUGAGGUUGAGCCAGAAGCAGACAAGUCUGAUACUACUGAGGAGGAGGUCAAAGAAAAGCCUGCACCAAAGGGCAGGAAAAAGGCCCCUGCCAAAGUACAAGAAAAGGAACCAGAAUUAGAUGCAGAUGAGGAUGAUCUCAAAGAGGAAGAAAAGCCUGAGCCUAAGAAGAAAGAACCAAAAGGCAGAAAGAAUCAGGGGAAGAAGGCACAGCCUAAAGAAGAUAUUGAUGACGAUGCUGAUGAAGAUGAAACUCCUUCCUCCAAAAAGAGGAAGGUAACCAAAAAAGCUGAUGCAAAAAAUGAUGAUGAAGAAGAAGUUGCUGAAGCGAAACCAGCCAAAGGUAAGAGAGGUCAGAAGAAAGUAGUUGAACCAACCACAGAGUCUGACGAGGAAGCACAAGAUAACGAGCCCACAUCAAAACGUCGGCGCAAGGGAGCCGACGAUAAGGCGCCUGCAGGAGAUAGCAAAAAGAAAGCGCCGCCUAAAAACAAAGCUUUGACUGAUUUUGAAUCUCUCGACUUCUCAAAUAAAUCUACCAACAGCCAGGGUAAAGAUUGGAACUUUAAAAUAUCCAGCUGGAAUGUGGAUGGCAUAAGGGCAUGGGCAACCAAGGGUGGCCUUGAUUACUUCAAAUAUGAAAAACCUGAUAUAUUGUGCGUUCAAGAAACAAAAUGUUCUCAAGACAAGCUACCGAGUGAAAUAGCGAAUGUUCCUGGUUAUCAUGCGUAUUGGGUGGAAGGCGAGAAAGAUGGCUACGCUGGCGUAGGCAUUUAUACAACAAAACUCGCGAUGAACGUUGUGUAUGGGUUACAAAAUGAGGAAUUAGACAGCGAGGGUCGUAUUAUAACAGCAGAGUACGAGCAGUUUUACCUAGUCUGUACAUACGUCCCGAACGCUGGACGGAAACUAGUCACACUCCCUAAAAGACUGCAAUGGAACGAAGAGUUUCGUAGACAUGUUAAGGAAUUAGAUAAGAAGAAGCCUGUGAUAAUUUGUGGGGACAUGAACGUUUCACACAAAGAAAUAGAUUUAGCUAAUCCUAAAACGAACAGAAAGAACGCAGGCUUUACUGACGAAGAGCGCGAGGGUAUGACCCAGUUGCUCGGCGAAGGUUUUGUGGAUACUUACCGCCACUUGUACCCAGAUAAGACUGGCGCAUAUACGUUCUGGACUUACAUGAUGAAUAGCCGAGCGAAAAAUGUAGGAUGGCGUUUGGACUACUUCAUAAUAUCGGAAAGACUAUUACCAGCUUUGUGUGAUAACGUUAUAAGAGACGGAGUGUACGGAAGCGACCAUUGUCCUUUAUCUCUAUUUCUGCACCUGAGCACCGCCGACAAACCUAAAGAAUAAAUUCUACAGUGAUUUUAACGUAUUCCAUAAUAAUAUGGUUUUUGAAACGCAUUUUCAGAUAAGAUCAACAAUUUCUCCGAUUAUUUUUGUAUUGUUUGUGAAUGGAAUUAAAAUAAAAACGUUACUGUA